AUGGCUUCUAUCGCAAAGGGUCGGCCAUCGCGCCGCUCCGCUCCCCGUAGGAGCUAUGUGGUCGAAGAAACCUCCGAAUCCGAGGACCCCGGAAACGUGACGCCUACUCCCUCUACCCACGACAACGACGAUGAUGAGAGCGAAGAGAAUGAGGCGGAUUAUACACCUGUCCCCAAUCAAGCUAAGCGCGCAUCCCGCUCGAAGAGAAUGACAUUAGAGCCUGUAACCCCCGCCACCGUGAAGCCGACGCGCAAAUCCCGGCAGUCGGUCGCAUCAGUCGCAUCGGAAUCGGAAGAUUCGCAAGCCGAGGAAACCGACGAGAACGACGAGAACAACGAGAACGAGGAAAGCGAAGAAAAUGACGAAAACGACGAAAACGACGAAGGAAUCAGCAUGGUUUCUAUAGUCGCCGAUCCCGACUCCCCCUCCAACCAGGCGGCUUUGAAGAGGAAAAGUAUCGAGCCUGCUGAUCUCGAUCCUGGGUCACCUUCCAAUACGGCAGCAUUAAAAAGACAAAGUAUGGCUUCCCGCAAGAGUCGUGGCUCAAUUACUCCCAAACCGGCAAAGGGCUCACUCCCUACUCCAGAGCCGUCCGAAUCACCCGAGUCCGAAGCACGCGCUCAACGAGAGAGCGUGCCUCCCCUCACCGAUAUCACCGAGUCCGCCGUGAACCAGUCCUCGCCGUCGAAACCCGCCGAAGAACCGCAAUCCCAGGUGUCGUACAUCAAUCCGAACUCGACUGUACUGGAGAAGCCCAUGGAUAUAGUCAUGAAGUCUAGGAAUAUGACAGCCCCAGCACCCGCGGAGCCCGCAGAAGUGAAGCCUCGCAUGAUUAUUCAGAACCUGAUUCUGAACAAUUUCAAGAGUUAUGCCGGAAAGCAAGUUGUUGGUCCAUUCCAUGCUUCUUUCUCUUCGGUGGUUGGGCCCAACGGAUCUGGCAAGUCAAACGUGAUCGAUUCGUUGCUGUUUGUCUUUGGUUUCCGUGCUAGCAAGAUGCGACAGGGCAAGAUCUCCGCGCUCAUCCACAAUUCCGCUCAAUAUCCCGACCUUCCAUUCUGUGAGGUCGAGGUGCAUUUUGAGGAGGUUCUUGAUCUUCCCGAUGGCAGCCAAGAAACCAUCCCCGAUUCUCACCUGAUCGUAUCGCGACGGGCGUUCCGAAACAACAGCAGCAAGUACUACAUGAACAGGAAGGAGACAAAUUUUACCACUGUCACUGCCUUCCUCCGUGAUCGCGGAAUUGACCUCGACCACAAGCGAUUCUUGAUUCUGCAAGGCGAGGUCGAGUCGAUCGCCCAAAUGAAAGCCAAGGCCGCCAAUGAGCAUGACGAAGGUCUUCUCGAAUACCUGGAAGAUAUCAUCGGAACCUCCAAGUACAAAACUCCUAUCGACGAGGCGGCAGCUGAGCUGGAAACUUUCAACGAUGUGUGUGCCGAGAAGAAUAAUCGAGUUCAACACGUCCAGAAAGAGAAGACCGCGCUCGAGGAUAAGAAGAACCAGGCCGUGGCCUACAUUGGCGAAGAGAACGAGUUGUCUCAGAAGCAAUCAGCGCUGUACCAAAUUUAUAUCGACGAGUGCGCUGAUAAUGUUCGUGUGACCGAGGAAGCCAUCCUACAAAUGCAAGAGCUCUUGAACAUGGAGCUGGAGAAACAUGAAGGCAACGAAUCCGGUAUCAAGGAACUCGAGAAAGCCUACAAGCGUGCUUCGCGCGAGUGGGAAGCCAUGGAGAAGGAAUCGCAAGUGCUUAUGAAGGAAAUGGCCAAGUACGACAAGGAGUCUGUCAAGUUUGAUGAGAAGAAGAAGUUCCUGGUCAACAAGCAAAAGAAGCUGGAAAAGACUAUGCAGACCAGUCGCCUUGCUGCAUCUGAAUGCCAAAGUCUGGUCCAGAAAUUCUCCGAUGACAUCGAGAGAAAGUCUGGCGAGACCACUCAGCUUGAACAGGAGAUGCACGACGAGGAGCAAGAAUUGAACGCCAUUCGUGAAAGUCUCACAGGCAAAACCCAGGGCCUUUCCGACGAAAUCGCCGCUAAGCAGAAGUCCUUGGAGCCUUGGAACGAGAAGAUUAACAUGAAGCAAUCUGCUGCUGCCGUUGCCCAGAGUGAGCUCGAUAUUCUUCGCGAGCGGAGCAAUGCUGGUACUGUCCUGCUAGAAGAGGCGCGGGGCAAGAUUGGCACCAUUGAAGAGACUCUGCAAUCGAAACAAACCGACCUCGAGGAACGACAAGCUCAAAAGGAGACGCUGGAAGGCGAGGUCGAGAAGCUCCAGCAUGAUUUGAAGAAGUACGUUGCUCGUGAGCCUGAGGUCCGCGCCCAUGUCUCCAGCGCCCGACAAAAGGCCGAUGAAGCGCGAGUCAGCCUCCAGAACACACAGAACCAGGGCAGUGUGUUGACAGGGCUGAUGCGACUGAAGGAGUCUGGUCGUAUAGAUGGGUUCCAUGGCCGCCUUGGAAACCUAGGAACUAUCGAUGAGAAGUACGAUGUUGCGAUUUCUACUGCUUGCCCAGCUCUUAAUAAUAUGGUGGUGGAGACCGUGGAGGUUGGUCAACAGUGCAUUGAUUAUCUUCGCAAGAACAACCUUGGUCGAGCCAACUUUAUUCUCCUCGACCGGCUGCCACGUCGCGACAUGUCGACCAUCUAUACCCCGGAGAGUGUGCCGCGUCUCUUUGAUCUUGUCAAGCCGAAGGACCCUAUGUUCGCACCGGCCUUCUACAGCGUCAUGCAAAACACGCUCGUGGCUAAGGACCUCGAACAGGCUAACCGCAUUGCUUAUGGCGCGCGCCGAUGGCGAGUAGUGACGCUGGAUGGCCAGUUGAUCGAUGUUUCCGGUACGAUGAGUGGUGGUGGUACUCGCGUUGCGCGAGGCGCCAUGUCAUCUAAGCAAGUCGCGGAUACAACUAAAGACCAGGUCAACCGGCUCGAGUCAGAUCUCGACGAGUUGGAAAAGAAGUUCCAGCACUUCCAGGAGAAGCAGCGAAACAUCGAAGCCCAGAUGCGCGAGAAGUCCGAUGAGAUCCCGCGCGUUCAGACCAAGAUUCAAAAGAUCAUGAUUGAAAUCGACAGCGCCAAACGCAGCCUUGCUGAUGCCCAGCGACGCGUCAAGGAGCUGAGUGCGGAGCACAAGCCAUCCAAGGCUGAUGAGUCUCAAGCUGCUGCUCUCGAGGAGCAAAUCGAGGCUGUCAAUAACGAGAUCGAAGGCCUCAACAACGAGAAGAGUGGCAUUGAGGAGGAGAUUCAAAACCUGCAAAGCAAAAUCAUGGAAGUUGGAGGUGUCCGCUUGCGUGGACAGAAGGCCAAGGUCGAUGGCCUGAAGGAGCAGAUCAAUAUGUUGACCGAAGAAAUUUCCAACGCCGAGGUGCAGAAGUCUAAGAACGAGAAGCUCAUCACCAAGCACUCCAAGGCCCGUGAUGGUUCCGAGAAGGAACUUGGGCAAAUUUCGGCGGAUCUGGAAAGCCUCGAGGCAGAUGUCGAGAACCAAGCCAACGAUGCCUCUGGCUGGAGGCAAAAAGCCGACGAGGCGCAAGAGGCUCUCGAGACCAAGAAGGGCGAACUGAAGGCUCUCAAGCAAGAACUCGACGAGAAGGUGGCCGAGUUGAACGAGUCUCGCGCUACCGAGAUUGAGAUGCGGAACAAGCUCGACGAGAACCAAAAGGCCCUCGGAGAAAACCAAAAGCGCAGCCGCUAUUGGGAGGAGAAGCUUUCGAAACUUGCGUUGCAAAAUGUCAGCGAUCUGGGUGAGGAGCAAGACGCAAUGGAGCUUCAGACCUUCACUAAGGAUGAGCUCGAUGCGAUGAACAAGGAGUCUCUCAAGGCUGUCAUCGCCGCCUUGGAGGAGAAGGUGCAGAAUGCCUCGGUGGAUCUAUCUGUCAUCGAAGAAUACCGUCGUCGCACCGCCGAGCACGAAGCGCGGUCUGCGGAUCUGGCCACAGCCCUGACUUCUCGCGAUAGCGCCAAGUCUCGCCUGGAUGGUCUUCGUUCAGCCCGUCUCAAUGGAUUUAUGGAAGGAUUUGGUAUCAUCUCUCUCCGCCUUAAGGAGAUGUACCAGAUGAUUACAAUGGGUGGUAAUGCCGAACUUGAGUUGGUUGACUCACUAGAUCCUUUCUCUGAGGGUAUCUUGUUCUCAGUCAUGCCACCGAAGAAGAGCUGGAAGAACAUUGGUAACUUGUCUGGUGGCGAGAAGACACUGUCCAGUUUGGCGCUGGUCUUUGCUUUGCAUCAUUAUAAACCGACACCGCUCUAUGUCAUGGACGAGAUUGACGCCGCGUUGGAUUUCCGAAACGUCUCAAUUGUUGCAUCAUAUAUCAAGGAGCGGACGAAGAACGCACAAUUCAUCGUCAUUUCUUUGCGAAACAACAUGUUCGAGCUUGCCUCGCGUCUUGUCGGUGUUUACAAGGUCAACCACAUGACGAAGAGUGUCACGAUCGAGAACAGAGACUACAUCGAGGGUCGGUGA